UAGUACUGAACCAGCAAGACACAAUCACUAAUUAAGGAGACCAACGUUUUAUUGAGUCAACAGUCUUUGUCUUUUUGCCAUCAAAUUAUUGACAACUACUUCUUCACAAUAAGCUUUCAUACACCUACACACAUUCACCUACAAACCCUGCAAAAUCUGCAUUUUCACUCUCCUUCAUACCCGAAUUCUAAUCACUUGUUUGAGAUCAUAUCAUGGCUGGUGCACUUGUUGGUGGAGCUUUCCUUGAUGGCUUCAUUAAAGUUGUCUUUAAAAGGUUGCUCACAAUGGAUACGGUCAACCAGGUCUUGGGCAAGAAGCUUGGCCCUGACUUGGUUGAGAGGCUGGAAAUUUCUCUGCAUGCUGCUGAAGCUGUGCUUGAUGAUGCUGAGUACAAGCAACUGAGCGACGAAGGUGUGAGGAUGUGGCUCAACAAACUGAGAGAUGCUGUUUAUGAUGCUGAUGACUUUCUGGACGCUGUACUCACCAAAGCCGCCACUCAAAAGAAGGUACAUUCUUUGUUGCCUAGUUUCUUCCUCAACCGACAUAGGAAGAUGGUAGAUAACAUGGAAGGGGUGGUUUCAAGAAUAGAAUUUCUUGUAAGGCAAAAAGAUAUCCUUGGUCUUCAAAAGACUAUCAAGGAUAAUAACUUGUCAUCAUCAUCGUCAUCAUGGCGAGAAACCACAUGUCUGAUGGAAGGGAACAUAUAUGGCAGGGAGGAUGAUCAACAGGAUCUAAUCGAAAUAAUAAAUGACAAGAGUGAAUCUCAGUUAUCUGUGAUUCCUAUUGUUGGCAUGGGUGGGGUUGGUAAAACAACCUUAGCCAAAUGGGCGUACAGUGUCGCGGAAGGGUUUGAUCUCAAAGCAUGGGUCUGCAUCUCUGAAACAUUUGAUGUUGCUGAUAUUACAAAGAAAACCAUUGAGGAAAUUACAAAAACUACUUGUGGCCUUGGGAGUUUAAAUUUGCUUCAAAAUGAAUUGCAGAAAAUCUUGUCGGGAAAGGAGUUCUUUAUUGUUCUAGACGAUGUCUGGAGCGAAGAUGCCGAUAAGUGGAAGCAAUUUAUAACUCCUUUUCACUGUGGGGCUAAGGGUAGUACAAUUCUUCUAACAACUCGCAAUCAAAAGGUUGCUUCAGUAGUUCAAACAUGUCCCUCUUUCAUUCUUAAUGAGUUGUCGGAAGAGUAUUGUUGGUUAUUGUUUGCAGCCAAUGCAUGUUUUCCAGAGUCAAACGGUAAUCCGACAUUAGAGGAAAUCGGUAGAAAGAUUGUCAAGAAGUGUAAAGGGUUGCCAUUAGCUGUUGAAACACUUGGGCGCUUGUUGCGAGGAAAGGAUGAUGCUACAGAAUGGAAUGCUGUUUUAAGGAGUGACAUCUGGGAAUUUUCCUUGAAAAAUAGUAAAAUUAUUCCAGCAUUGUUAAUAAGCUACUUCCAGCUACCUUCUUACUUGAAGCGUUGUUUCGUUUAUUGUUCAUUGUUUCCCAAAGAUCAUGAGUUUGAGAAAAAUGAACUAGUUUUGCUGUGGAUGGCUGAAGAUCUUUUAAAGCUACCAAAGGGAGGAGAGAGUUUAGAAGAGGUUGGUUCUGAGUGUUUUGAAGAAUUAGCUUCAAGGUUAUUUUUUAAACCAGCUGAGUAUCGUCGUCACAGGUACGUGAUGCAUGAUCACUUGCAUGACUUGGCAAUAUUCCUUGCUGGAGACUUCUAUUGUAGAAUACAAGAGCUUGGUGAACAAGAAGAGAAGAAGGUUCUCACUCGUCAUUUGUCAUCUUUGCCACAUGGAAGCUUAGAUCAUCCAAUCUCAAAAGUCUUGUCCAUUGUGAAAUCAGAAUCUUUGAGGACAUCUUUGUAUAUCAAUGAUUUGUUAAGCAUGAAAAGCAGAGCAUCAAAGUUGAAAUACUUGAGAGUUUUAUCCUUUCGUAAACUUGAUGUAUUACCAGAUUCAAUAGGUAAAUUGAUUCAUCUACGCUAUUUGAAUCUCUCUAGGACCGAUGUGGAGACAUUACCAGAGUCAUUAUGCAGCUUGUACAAUCUACAAACAUUAAUAUUGUAUGCAUGUUCUAAGCUGACCAUGUUGCCCAAGGGCAUGCAUAAACUUGUGAAUUUACAGCAUCUUGAUCUUAGAGAAACAUCUUUGAAAGAAAUGCCUAGAGGAAUAAGUAAAUUGAAACACAUGCCUAUUUUAGAAUACUUUGCGGUGGGCAAGCACGAAGACAAUGGAAUACAGGAAUUCGGAGGGCUCCCAAAUCUUGAAGGAUCAUUUGAGAUUAAGAAGUUGGAGAAUGUUGUUGAUGUGAGACAAGCAAGGAGUGCACGGAUGUUGGAGAAGAACCACAUUGACAACUUAUCGUUGGAAUGGUCUUCAGGUAAUGAGAUGGUUUCAAACAUAGAGACUUUGAGAGAUAUACUCGAUAACUUGCAACCGCACAAUGGCUUGAAAGAGUUGAAAAUCAAGGGAUACAAGGGCCAAAGAUUUCCAGAUUGGGUGGGGCACUGUUCCUACAACAAUAUGACAAGAGUAACACUAGCAUCUUGCAAGAAUUGCUGCAUGCUGCCUUCACUUGGACAACUGCCAUCUCUCAAGUACCUGCGCAUUGAAGGUUUUCUUGAGCUCAAGCGUAUUGGUGAUGAGUUUUACAAGAAUGACAGCGAUCAUCAUUCCUCGCCUAUUGCACCGUUUCCUUCACUCGAGGAAUUGGUGUUUCAUAACAUGCCAUGCUGGGAGGAGUGGCACGUACCUCACCCAGAAGCUUUUCCUCGGCUUAGGACACUUGAAAUAGAAUAUUGUCCGAUGUUAAACCGAGAUAUGCUUAAUGGCAUAUUGUGGAGAAGGGAUUGUUGUUUGCGGGAAGAUGAUGAAGGAAGGUCUGACGAGAUGGUAGCUGGUGGGGAUGCUUUAUCAAUAAGGGCAUCUCAGUCAUUUAAUGCAAGGAUCAAUUGUUUACCCAAUUCUCUGCAAAACCUGAAAAUCUCGAUGUGCCCAAGAUUUGAAUUCCUCGAGCAACAGCAGCACAAGUAUGAUUUGGUAGAGCUAGAAAUAGAAUGCAGCUGUGAUUCACUGACCUCCUUGUCGUUGGAUGCCUUUCCCAAUCUCAAGAAUCUGGAGAUUUUCGGGUGUGAGAAUCUGGAAUCAGUGUCAAUGUCAGAGGCACCACACGCUGCUCUUCAACGUGUCUCCAUUACUUACUGCGACAAAUUAGUGUCAUUUGCAGGAGAAGGACUGGCUGCACCCAACUUCACUUGUUUCGAGAUACAUGGUUGCCCAAACAUUUGGAGGUUGGCAGAGGGUGGUUUGCCGCCUAACGUGAAAGAGCUUCAUGUGGGAGGUUGCGAGGAACAACUGAGGGAUCUAUCAUGGAUGGCCAACUUGCACGCCCUCACUCAUCUUACCAUUCAUGGUUCUUACUGCAACAACAUAAAGUCAUACCCAGAGGUGGGUUCGCUGCCUCACCUUCCCUCCCUUACCACUCUUUGUAUUGAUUCCUUUUAUAAUCUGGAGACAUUGGAGUGCAACGAGCUUCUCCGCCUCACCUCCCUUCAACAAUUGCACAUUAUAUUCUGCGACAAGCUGGAGAAUAUGGAAGGAGAAAAGCUGCCUCCCUCUCUCUUGCUACUUGACGUUUAUUCUUGUGAUUUGCUGGGAGAACACUGCAAGAACAAGCAUCAACUAAUCUGGCCCAAAAUUUCCCACAUCCCCACCAUUCAAGUCGAUAGCAAACAAAUUUCGUGAAUAGAGAUUUCUGAGCAGGUAAAAAGUUCACAGAUGUUAGAGAUUUCAUUGCACAUGUAUAUAUAUAUAUAUAUAUAUAUGGAGAUGUAAACUGGAUUAAUGUGUUGGGAAGCAGUAGUGUUUUCUGAUUUCAGCUUUCAUUGUAAUUGGUAUGUAUACUAGUUUAAAUUAAUGAUUGAUGUGUAUCAUAUGAUUCAUAUCCACACUACUUGUGAUGUGGACUUGCUUGGAUUAUUCAAUUCAAUGCUUUGCUUCAAAGACAGAACCAUAGAUGGUUGUUUGGUUAUCAAUAGCAGUCGUUUGAACUUCGAACAAAUAUGCUAAACAAAUGAGUUUCAAUAUCUAAU